GAGAGAGAGAGAGGGAGAAAUGGCGCCUCGAUGCUGCGCUCACUGAGCCAGUGUUUGGAGCCGGCUAGAGAGAUCCAGUAAGGGCAGACAAAAGGAAAAAAACAUGGUGAACACGAGGAAAAGCUCGCGGACGGGUAGCGGCCCCUUCAUCUCCUCCAGGACGCGGUCGUCGUCGAGAAACGAGAGGAGCUCUGAGGAACAUAAGGAACCCAGCAGUGAUGCGAGCAGUCCCAGCAGCCCGCGGUUGGCGCCCCCUUCCAAGCGAACACGGCGGCAGGCAGCCUCUGAGCCAAGCUCCAGCGAUACCUCCCCAUCACCUCAGACUAAGGGCCAGAGGGUCAGCUGGGACAUUCCCACCUACCGCACCAGGCUUUCCUCGCGCAUCAUGCAAAAUGGGCACGCUCACAUGAGUCACCGGAAUGAGGAGAGCGGAGGGGGAGAUCACUCUCGUAUGAACGGCCAUGUGGAGCUGAAGAGGAGCUGCCGGGUGAAGAAGAGCCAAUUUGAACACCUCAAUCAGAGCCUGCUGUUUGACCAGCUGGUCAACAGCACCGCCGAGGCUGUUCUCCAGGAGAUGGACAACAUCAGCAGCAUCAGGCAGAACCGGGAGGUGGAGCGACUUCGCAUGUGGACCGGAGAGACCGAGGAGGAAAACAUGGACAUGUACUCCCGGGUGAAACGCAGGAAGUCCAUGCGCAGGAGCACGUUUAACAUGCCGACGCACCACAAGGUCUUGAGCAAAACGGAGCAGGAGGAGGAAGAGGAGGAAGGGACGGAAGAAUCUCACGGUGAGGAAGAGGAGGAGGACGCAGAGGAUGACGAUGAAGAUGAUGAAGGAGAUGAAGCAGAGGAAGUAGGAGAGGAAAACGACAGGCCGUACAACCUGAGGCAGCGGAAGACGGUGCAGCGAUACGAGGCACCGCCGAUUGAGCCCGUGAACAGAAAACAGAGCAACCCCUCGCUGUUCGACACCCACAGAUCCCCGGCAAGGAGAAGCCAUAUAAGAGUGAAGAAGCACGCCAUCCACAGCAGCGACACCACCUCGUCUUCUGAUGAAGAGCGAUUCGAGCGGAGGAAAAGCAAGAGCAUGACUCGGGCGAGGAACAGAUGUUUGCCCAUGAACUUGACUGCGGAAGACCUGGCGAGCGGAGUGCUGCGCGAUCGGGUGAAAGUGGGCGCAAGCUUGGCUGAUGUGGACCCCAUGAACCUCGACAACUCGGUGAAGUUUGACAGUGUGGGCGGCCUCAGUAAUCACAUCCAGUCACUGAAGGAGAUGGUUGUGUUCCCUCUGCUUUAUCCCGAGAUCUUUGAGAAGUUCAAGAUUCAGCCUCCCAGAGGGUGUUUGUUCUACGGCCCACCAGGGACGGGAAAGACUUUGGUUGCACGGGCGCUCGCCAACGAGUGCAGCCAGGGAGACAGGAAGGUUUCCUUCUUCAUGAGGAAAGGAGCCGACUGCCUCAGCAAGUGGGUCGGAGAAUCGGAACGGCAGCUACGCCUGCUCUUUGACCAGGCUUACCUGAUGAGACCAUCCAUUAUUUUCUUUGAUGAGAUUGAUGGUUUGGCUCCUGUUCGCUCCAGCAGGCAAGACCAGAUACACAGUUCUAUUGUGUCCACUCUGCUGGCCUUGAUGGAUGGCUUGGACAGUCGUGGGGAGAUAGUGGUCAUUGGUGCUACAAACAGACUUGACUCUAUCGACCCGGCACUCAGGAGGCCUGGACGCUUUGACCGGGAGUUUCUGUUCAGCCUGCCCGACAAGAAGGCCAGAAAGCACAUUUUGGAGAUUCACACACGGGACUGGAAUCCCAAAUUGGCUGAGCCAUUUGUAGAUGAACUUGCAGAAAAAUGUGUCGGCUACUGUGGUGCUGACAUCAAAGCACUUUGCACAGAGGCAGCCUUGGUGGCGCUGCGCCGCCGCUAUCCCCAGAUCUACGGCAGCAGCGUCAAACUGAAGCUGGACGUCACCUCCAUCGUCCUGGGGCCUGGCGACUUCAGCAAGGCGAUGAGGACUAUUGUCCCAGCCUCCCAGAGGGCCCUGGCUCCCCCUGGCCGGGCCCUGUCCCCCACCCUCCGGCCCCUGCUGGCCAGCUCUUACUCCUUGGUGCUGAAAGCUCUGCUCCGAGUCUUCCCCCAUGCUCAGUGUACUGACAGGGACAACACACACGGCGGUGACAAUCAUCUGCUUGAAGAGGACUUUUACAGCGACGAUGACAAUGAGGACGGCUCUGCUUCCAUCUAUGAAGUCCAGCCUGCUGCAUCCCCAAAGAGUCACCUCUCCUCUUCUGCAAUGCACAGACCCUUUCUCCAUUUUUCCUCCUCUGCCCUGCAACAGCCCACAGCAUACCGGCCUCGUCUGCUGCUGGCCGGGGCCCCAGGCUCAGGACAGAGCUCCCACUUGGCCCCUGCCUUGCUGCACCACCUGGACAAGCUACCAGUGCACCGCCUGGACUUGCCCAUUCUCUACUCCGUCAGCGCCAAGACGCCGGAGGAGUCCUGCGCUCAGGUUUUCCGUGAGGCCCGUCGGAGCAUGCCCAGCGUGGUGUACAUGCCACAUAUCUCAGAGUGGUGGGACACAGUGAGCGACACUGUGAAGAGCACCUUCCUCACCCUGCUGCAGGACGUGCCCUCCUUCAGCCCUGUCCUUAUCCUCGCCACUGCUGAGACUCACUACUCAAAGCUGUCAGACGAGGUGAGAAGUAUAUUCCAGAGGACCUAUGGGGAGGUGGUAACGCUGUGCCCUCCAGGAGAAGAGGAAAAGAGGAACUUCUUCUCUAACCUGCUGCUGGUUCAAGCAGCCAGAUCUCCUCCACGCCUCAGGAACACAGAGAGGUGUGAAGAGGUACUGCCGGUAGCGGACGCUCCGGGCCCCAGAGUCCUAUCAGCAGAGGAACAGCGCCGCCUGGCUGAGCAGGAGGAAAACACAUUACGGGAGCUCAGGCUCUUUCUCAGGGACGUGACCAAGCGCCUGGCCACUGACAAACGUUUCAACAUCUUCAGCAAGCCAGUUGACAUUGAGGAGGUGUCAGACUACCUGGAGGUGAUUAGGCAGCCCAUGGACCUAUCCACUGUCAUGACAAAGAUUGACACCUACAAGUACUUGACAGUCAAGGACUUUCUGGUGGACAUUGACCUCAUCUGCAGUAACGCUUUAGAAUAUAAUCCUGACAAGGAUCCCGGAGACAAGGUGAUCAGGCACCGAGCAUGCAGUUUAAAGGACACAGCACAUGCUAUAUUUGCUGCCGAGCUGGACCCCGAGUUCGACCGCAUGUGUGAAGAGAUCAAGGAGGCGCGCAGAAAGAGGGACCUCCAGACGCCGGCUCAGCUGACUGCAGCUCCGGGCGCUGUGGCCACCAGAAAGCACCACAGUGCAGGAGAGGAGCAGGCCAGGAGCAGCACUCAGGGCGAGGCCACUGACAAACAGUGCACCACUAAUCAUAUAAAGCGAAAGAUUCGCCGGCGGCCAUCUUGGGGGCGGGGCAUCAUACGCAAGAAGAAGAUCUACAAGAAAGGAACAGAGGAGGAAGAGGAGGAGCCUGAGGCAGAGGUGGAAGCUGCAGGGCCCAGUGACUCGUGCUUGACACAGGAUGAGGAAUCAUCUUGUGAUACCAGCGGUCCUCAGCCCAACGGCCACCAUCCCCACCUCCCCUCCACGGAGGAGGAGAGCUCCAACGAGCCCCCUGUCGCGGCUCCCGCUGCACCUCCAAAUGCCAGCGAAGCCAGAGAGGAGCCAACACCUAAGGAGGAGGAGUCCACAGCCAAAGAGGCAGAGAACACAGAGAAACACACUGAGCCACAUUGCCUUGGUGGCGGUUCUCAGCCCAGUGCAGACGGGCACAGUCAGGCCAAACAGGCUGACUUCCAGCCUUUGAUUGAAACGUCCGAGUCUUCAGAUGCUGAGGUCCAGCCUAAGCACACAGAGGGUCUCCUGGUUUCACAAGUGGACUGUGUGAAUGGGAAUGAGUCAAUGGACAGCCUGGACUCGGAGAGCCUCAAGAAGAGCAGUGAGGCUGAGACAAGGACUCCUCAGAGCGCGGCUGAGGGCUCUAAUAGGCCAGAACAGGAAGAGCACAAAGACAAAAAUGAGAACAAACCAACUCAGGAGCACCAUCCCCAGGAUGGGAGGACGGAGACUGUUGAGGAAGCUCAAGAUAAAGAAGAUGGUUCCAAAGCGAGGAAGUGCAGGUGGAGCUCGUCGGAGCAGUUGAGGGGAUCAACUGAACGGACGGAGGAAGAGCUGCCCCCGGUCCCUCCCCAUCCUCCAGUAGUGGUUGACCACCAGCGACUUUUGGCCAUACUGGAUAUGGUGGUGAGGAAGAGCGAGGGUUACAGCGUGGAGCAGCUGGAGAGGCUCUACUCUCUUCUCAGCCAGUGUAUCUACCAGCACCGCAGAGAGUACGACAAGACUCAGCUACUGGAG